UGUGGGAAAACGUUUACACGGCCGUUCAAUCUCCGAUCCCAUUUAGAUACUCAUGCAGGCAUAAGGCCACAUCGAUGUAUUGAUUUGGUGGGAGUCGAAAAUGGAGCUUGCUCAUACGAUUUCACGCGACGUCACGAUUUGGUGCGUCAUGUGAAGGCCAAGCAUCGGGAU